GGCGCGCUCGGGCCGGGCCGCGCUGCAGCCGCUGCCGGUCCGUGCGGGGCCGCGGCCGCGGUGGGCCCGGCGCGCCCCAUGGCGGCCUCCGCGCAGCCCUCGGCGCCGCCGGCGCUGAGCGCGGAACAGGCGAAGGCGGUGCUGGCGGAGGUGAUCAAGGCGUUCGGAGCGCCCGAGAACGCGCAGCGCAUGGAGGAGGCUCGGGACAACGCCUGCAACGACAUGGGCAAGAUGCUGCAGUUCCUCCUGCCCGUGGCCACCCAGAUCCAGCAGGACGUGAUCAAGGCCUACGGGUUCAGCAGCGACGGCGAAGGCGUCCUGAAGUUCGCCCGCCUGAUCAAGUCCUACGAGUCUCAGGACCCGGAGAUCGCCAGCAUGUCGGGCAAGCUCAAGGCCAUGUUCCUGCCGCCCAUGACGCUGCCGCCGCACGGGGCCGGCACCGGAGGAGUUGCUGCUUCCUGAGUUCUCCCGGUGCUCCGGCUGAUGCCCUCCUUCCAAGUGCAGGUCCUGUCAGCCCUUGGAAUGGGGCACUUGAGCAAGGGGGACGCGGGCCUGGAAGGAAUGGGAUGCUCGUGUGUCUGCUGGUGAAUAAAACGUGUGUUGAAAGUG